CAAUUCAGAGGCUGCUGCCUGCCUAGGAGGUUGUAGAAAGCUCUGUAGAUUCUCUCUGUGUGUCCUACAGGGCUCCUCGGGCCAGAUCCCUGACUGAUGGCUUUUAUGAAAAAAUAUCUGCUCCCCAUUCUGAUGCUCUUCCUGGCCUACUACUACUAUUCCGAAAAUGAGGAGUUCAGACCAGAAAUGCUUCAAGGAAAGAAAGUGAUUGUCACAGGGGCCAGCAAAGGGAUUGGAAGAGAAAUGGCUUAUCAUCUGGCAAAGAUGGGAGCCCAUCUGGUGGUGACAGCAAGGUCAAAAGAAGGUCUACAGAAGGUAGUAUCCCGCUGCCUGGAACUUGGGGCAGCCUCAGCACACUACAUUGCUGGCACGAUGGAAGACUUCAGUUUCACAGAGCAAUUUGUUGCCAAAGCAGGAAAGCUCAUGGGGGGACUAGACAUGCUCAUCCUCAACCACAUCACCAACUCUUCUUUGACUCCUUUUCGUGAUGAUAUCCCCCUUGUGCGCAGAAACAUGGAAGUCAACUUCCUCAGUUAUGUGGCCCUGACUGUAGCUGCCUUGCCCAUGCUGAAGCAAAGCAAUGGAAGCAUUGCUGUCAUCUCCUCGAUGGCUGGUGAGUGUGACAGGGACCAGUGUGGAAG